GAACCUAAACGUGAGGUAAAUUGCGUCAUAUCCAGUUGUUGUUCCGUGAGACAAACACCAUGAAGAAGGAAGAAAGGAGAUUUAUUAACGGAUGUUUCUAUCUCUGGAUGUUAUGUGUUGUAAUCAAAGAAACAUACAGCAUUCACUUUCAAAAAAGUAAAUACAGUGCUGGGUAUGCAGGCAGCAGAUGCCUUCCAAAUGAAACGAUCUUUGAAAUUCAUGAUUUUUCCGAGGCUGUACAGUGCAGCAAGGUUUGUUUUCUGAGCACUGAAUGUCGCAGUGUGUUUUACCAUCCCGAUGACCAUAAAUGUAUUGGAUGCAGUGUCAGUCUCGGAAGCUGUGAUGUGAAUCUUAUGGCAUACCCUGGUUCCCUUGCAUUCGAUUUCGACGACACAAUAUAUACUGACUGCAAAGAUAUAAUGUUAUUCAUGCCCUCACCAAGAAGCGGGAUAUACGACAUAACACUACAAAAAUCACAAACAAAACUAAAAGUGUACCGUGACAUGGAAACCGACGGCGGUGGUUGGACUGUUUUUCAGAACAGAUUCAGAGGUUCUGUUGAUUUUUAUCGAAACUUCAAUGACUAUGAGUAUGGGUUUGGUGAUUUGGAUGAUGAAUUUUGGUUAGGUCUAAAGUAUGUCCAGGAAAUGACAUCUUUGACACAGGAAUGCAAUGACACAUUAAACAAUAAUGGCAAAAG